AUGCCAUCAAACACAGCAAUCGUUGUCCAGAAGCCUGGAGAAGCCAAGGCAGCUGAAGCCUCAAUCCCAAAGCUUAGAGAUGACUACAUCCUGAUCAAGACCAAGGCUGUUGCUUUGAACCCAACUGACUGGAAGCACGUUGAAUGGUUAACUUCUAACGGAGCAAGAAUCGGAUGUGAUUAUGCAGGUAUCGUUGAAGAGGUUGGAAGCGCAGUUACCAAGGACUUCAAGAAAGGCGACCGUGUUUGUGGUGUUUGCCACGGAGGAAACGAAGUUAACCACGACGAUGGUGCAUUCGGAAACAUCAUCACCGCAAAAGGAGAUAUCCAAAUCAAGAUCCCAGACAACCUCAGCUUCGAAGAAGCAUCCACCCUCGGUGUAGGAAUCACAACCGUCGGACAAGGUCUCUACCAAUCCCUCGAAUUACCCCUCCCCAACGCUCCCACCUCAGAGAAAUUCCCCGUCCUCAUCUACGGUGGAUCCACCGCCACCGGUGCUCUCGCAAUCCAAUACGCCAAGCUUUCCGGCCUCCAAGUAAUCACCACCUCCUCCGCCCACAACUUUGCCUACUUGGAAAGCCUUGGAGCCGACAAAGUCUUCGACUACAACUCCCCAACUUGCGCACAAGACAUCAAAGAAUACACCAAGGACAGCAUCAAACACGCCUUCGACUGUAUCUCCGAAGGUAAUAGCAUAGAGAUCACAGUAUCAGCCAUGUCCUCCUCCGGCGGCGUAUACAGCACACUCCUCCCAGUCCCCACCGAAAACGUGCACAAGUUCAACGACAAGAUCGAGAACAAGUCAACAUUAGCCUAUACAGCCGUCGGCGAGCAAUUCACCUUCGGAGCCAACACCAUCCCCGCCAUCCCUGGUCACUUCGAAUUCGGAGUCAAAUUCUGGGAGAUCUCUCAGGGACUUCUGGCUGAGGGAAAACUCAAGGUUCACAAGGUCAGCGUGAACAAGUAUGGAGAAGGAUUCGAGGGAAUCUUGGCCGGUAUGCAGGCAUUGAAGGAGGGUAAGGUUAGCGGUGAGAAAUUGGUAUUUACUUUGUAA